GAGUCGCAGGCUGAUGACGCCACGCAGGCGGCUGUUGGUUGUUGCUGGGAGACGGCUGGCGGGAGCGGGACCGGGACCGGGACGGGUGGCGGGGAUCUGGAGGCUGCGGCCCAAGGGCGAUUGGAGCCGCUGCCAUGAGCCACCAGGGAGCCGCGCUGCAGUCGUACAACAACGAACUGGUUAAAUGUAUCGAGGAUUUGUGUACAAAGAGAGAAGAGCUGAAUCAGCAAAUUCUUCAGGAAGAAGAGGAAAAGAACAAGCUUCAGAAUGACAUCCGCAUUUUGACGGAGAAACUUGCAAAGGUGAAUGAGAGCCUAGCACGCAAAAUGGCUACACGAAAUGAAUUUGAUAGAACUAUUGCAGAGACUGAAGCCGCUUAUAUGAAGAUCCUGGAAAGCUCACAGACACUGCUGACUGUUCUGAAGCGGGAAGCUGGAAGUCUGAGUCAAGUCAAAGAGAACAGAGAUGAAUGACUCCUGAUUUUUCUGCAGUCAACUUCAAUCACAACAGUGAGAAAUGUCCUCAACAGAUGCCUACUGUACAGUUUCAAACAACACCUUUAUCAGGGAUUUUUGAUUCUUCAAAAAAUGACUUCUUUGUAGUGCCGCAUUGUAAUAAAGUAUAUGGAGAUAGAAAACAUGGAUUAUUUAAAUAUAUCAUUAUAGAGGGUGAUUGGGAAUCCUUCCAGCACUAGAAAGAAGUUUACCUGCCUUUUAUGGUGAGAGGAGGGAUAGUGAUCCCCAUUUUCUGUAAGUUUUAUCAUUUGAACUCCCCUGAUCACUUUGGCAUUGAAGGAAAAUGCUGUGCUGUGAAGGAGAAAGUUAACAGGAAUAGCUAAAGUCUGCAGGCAUUGGCCACAAAAAUCUUCGUGCAGUCAUACGUUUUUCACUGCAACAUCUAUAGACAGACCAACUGAGUUCAUACUUAAAGAUUUAGUAAAAGCUUUAUUUCUUAAAUUAUUGUAAGAUUUUGUGAAUAAAACAUGCAGGUCAGUUUA